CGUCGGCGGCCGGGAUGGAGGCGAAGGCGGCGUCGGGCUCCGGCAGGCCCGUCAGAGGCAUCCUCAAGAACCGCUCCGGCUCCGGCGGCCCCGGCCCCGGCGCGCCCCCGCCGCCCGCGCCCGGCCCCGCCGCCCCGCGCGCCCACGAGCAGGAGGAGGACGCCGCCGGCAAGAAGAGCCAGACGUGGGACGAGAUGAACAUCCUGGCCACCUACCACCCGCCGGGCAAGGACUACGGCCUCAUGAAGAUCGACGAGCCCAGCACGCCCUACCGCAGCAUGGUAGGAGACGACGAAGAUGCUGGCAGUGACACGGAAUCCGGUGAAGCCCUGACUGCAGAUGUGCUGGCUAGAAAGUUAGAAGCUGCAGCAGAAGGGAAAGGACCAAAGAUCCUUGCUCCACAAGAGAGCAGUGAUGAAGAGGAGGAGGAGGAGGAAGAGGAGGAACUGACCCCAGAAGAGCUCGAAAAAAAAAGGCAGUUUGAAAUGAAGAGAAAAAUGCACUACAAUGAAGCUCAGAACAUCAAACUUGCGAGGCAAUUGAUUGAGAAGGAACUGCGGGGUGAUGCAGCCGAUGAGGAAGAGGACGAGGAAGAGAUGCGGGAUGCAGCAAGCUCAGAACAAAUGAGCCCAGAACUUGCGCCGGCGCCUAGCGAUCCGCUCGAGAACGUGGCACACAGCCUAGAAGAAGUCUGCUCGGGACUCUAGCUGCUCCUCAGGCCAGGCCAGACCAGACCUCUGUAUUCGCUGCUUCACUGCUCUGCAGUUCUGGCUCAAGUACUGGGGAGCGUAGGAGCUCUCACUUUUGUAUUGCCAAGAACGGUGGUGAUGGUCAGAGCUUGUCUGUUGGGCAGGUGGAAACUUUGCCAAGCUGGUGUAUUCUUGUGCCUCUUUGCAGAGAAGACCACUCCAUUCAUCACCUGCCGAAGAAUGUGGCGCGGUGCUGGUGACCUUGGCACAUUCAUGUCGCUCCUCUUUCUGGUUUCGAAACAUGCAAAACAGUCACUCUUGUGCUCUGUUCUUCCUUUAAGUGGCUGCAUGAGGAAGGGCUGUGGCAUUGAUGUGCCAAACUACGCAGCCAAGAAUAAUUGCACCUGUAUUGAACUUCCCGGCACUUUGCAAGAUCUACUAAAAGAAGGGAUUAGAUUAGUAGAGUAGCUUUCCUUUUUGGUAGAAUUUCCUGGUUUCCUUCCUCCCCCCCCCCACCCCGGUUUCAUAAUUGAGCUGGUCAAUAUGCAACAAAGGUUUUCUGCACAGCUAGCUCUCGAGAGAAGGGCGCCACAUUCAUGUUUGUGGCCAAAAAAAAGGGAGAAUGGUUUUUGCAUGUCCUCUCGGGUUCCUGAGAUGUGGGAUGAUCGAAGUCUGAAAAUGGUGGGAAGACUUCAACACGUGGUGGUGCUUUGUCACGCUCUGUUCUGCCUGUGAUGGACUCGGCUUUGGACCGCUGCCUUUGGCUUUCUCACCUUUCUGUUCCAUCCUUCUCAUGUGCCACUCAAGAGUCCCUUGGGCAUGUGGCUCUGCCUUCAGAGAGAGACAUCACCUUUGACAAUCCACACUCGCGAAAGCGAGUGUUCUCUCCGGUAAUCCCAAGCAUCUGUCCUCUUCUGACCGCUGCCUUCUGGCCUCUUCUCUGUCUCUGUCCAGUGCAUGGCUAGUCCAGCAGGUUGUGGGAAUGCCACAGGCAUUAGAGAGCCUGGAAGCAGAGUUAGGGCAGGCGAGGUGGAAAGCCAGCCGCCGCCGUGGGGUCCUGCUCGAGGACUGUGAAGGGGAAGCCAAGAGUUUGUUUUCAUGUUCAUUCUAAUUAUGCGCACGCACAAAUACUCCCGAGUGUGGAAAGCUCUGCUUUGUCUUUGUUCCUUAAUUUUGAUUUAAAUUUGGUGUGUUGACAGCUCCAUACAAUUUUAUGGGUCUAAUUUAAGGUGACUUACUGUCUACCAUGUGAGUGUGAAGUCUGAAUAAAGUACUGAAACUCAUGUUGUAGUUUACUGAGCUUUGUGUGGGACUUUUGUAAAGCCCCGGCUUCUCUAUACCUAGGACAGGUGCCGUGUGUAUGUGCCCAGGUGGUCAAUGGAAGUGCACAAGACAAAGGGAUGCCCAGUCUGUGCAAGCUGCCUGGCCUUCUGUAGGCAGUCUUUGUCUCUUUGAUACUGACGUGGAAGGAAAGGGCCUUUCCUAGCUCACUGCUUUGUUCCAGUAAAAAGACCGGCCCUUAGUAGAGCAUUGGUCAUUUGCAGCCUGAGGCUUCAUUCUGGCGACCUGCAAGCUUGAAACGGGUGGGCCUCUCCAGUCCCAUGGGGUGGCCCAGGGCGGUCAGGAAGGCUCCUGAACUUCUGUGGUUCUGCAAACUAUGUGAAGCGAUUGUUCAGGAGGGCAUAAAAGCCACAGUGCUCUGUUGUACUGGAACGGCUCGUGAAGGUGUUUUAAUAAAAGAAACAGGAGUGUGAACUGUGCUGCCUGUUGUGUUACCAGGUUCUCACUGCAUUGUUUUCUACUUGCUGUCAUUGUUUAACACGUCUAAUGUUUAAGUUUUGUUUCUGAUCUCUGUAAUCCUAGUCCUAUUACAUUGUUUAUUAGAUCUCUUA